AUGCUGGACCCGCGCCGUGGGUCACUGGCCUUUGCCCCCACGCGCUGCAGGGUGGUGGAGACACACGGCGUGUGGCUUGCAAUCCCGGCUGCACGGAGGCCUGGCCAGGUGCCUGGCUCUGCCCUGGGCCCUGCUUCUGGGCAUGCAGCGCCCCACUGUCUGCUGCACCCCGGAAAUAAACCCUCAACCCGCUGCCUCCGCUCUGCUUGUCUCCACUGCCCGGACGUCCCCGCGCGGCCUGCUCCCCCCUCCCUGCAGCUGUGCCCAGGGGGGCAGGGGGCCUCCCCUCGCGACCACCCACAGCUCCUGGCCCAAAGCUGGGCUGCGCCUGCCUCUGCGCCCACGUGUGCACCCGCAACCUUGUGCAUCCCCAUGUGCACCCACGUGUGUGCCCCCAGCCUUGUGCACCUACGUGUGCACCAGCAACCUUGUGCAUCCCCAUGUGCACCCAUGCGUGUGCCCCCAGCCUUGUGCACCCCCACAUGUGCAUCUCCAGCCUCCUGCACCAACCUUGUACACCCCCACGUGCACCUGCGCCCCCUGGCGGCCACUCCGCGCCGCUGCUCCUGGCCGGGCCCCACCCCCACCCCCACCCCCAUUGGUUCAGCGGCUGCUGUGACAGACAGGCUGGCCCCGAGUGCCGACCAAUCAGGCUCCUUCCUAGCGCGCCGCCGCGUUGGGCGCUCGGGGCACGGCGGCUUCCGGACGGGGCGGGCGGAUUUCCGGGUGGGCCGAGGACUUCCGGCGCCAGCGUGGGACAUGUCCGGUGGGCAGGCGGCGGUGCCGCCGGCGCCGCCGCUGCGGGUCCUGUGUCUCCAUGGUUACCGGCAGGACGCGCGCAGCUUCCACGUGCGCACCGGGGCCCUGCGCAAGGCGCUGCGCGGCCUGGCCGAGCUCGUGCCCGUCAGCGCGCCCCACGUCCUGAGCGUGCCCGGUGACGACCCCGGCCCCGCGGAGGCAGCAGAGGAGGCGGCGGCGGCGGGGCGCGCCUGGUGGCUGUCGGACCCGGCGGCCGGCACCUUCGACGCGGCGGCGGCGGGCGACGCGGCGGGGCUGGAGGCGUCGCUGGCGGCCGUGGCGGCGGCCGUGGCGGAGCGGGGCCCGUUCGACGGCGUGCUGGGCUUCAGCCAGGGCGCGGCGCUGGGCGCCAUGCUGUGCGCCCUGGGGCAGCGCGGGCACGCGCGCUUCGCGCCGCGCUUCGCCCUGCUGGUGGCCGGCUUCCGCAGCCGCGCGCCCGCGCACGCCCGCUUCUACGCCGAGCCGCUGGCAGUGCCCAGCCUGCACGUGGUGGGCCAGGCCGACGCCGUCAUCCCGCCCGCCCGCAGCGCCGAGCUGGCCGCCUGCUUCGUGGCGCCCGUCGUGCUGGAGCACCCGGGCGGACACUUCGUCCCCGCCGCCGCGCCGCAGCGCGAAGCCUACCGCCGCUUCCUGCAGCGCUUCCUGCCCUGACCGCGCGCAAUAAACCGACGUGCCGCCA